AUGGCUGCCGCCGCCAUACCAACGGUCGCUGAGCUGGCCGUUAUGGAGGAGAAGAAACGGACGGCAGCCAAAGUGGUGACGACGCUGUUCCCGCGCAUCCCGAAGGUGACCGCAGUGCUGCUCGAGUUCUUUAUCCGCCGCGAAAGCCGAGUGGAGCUGAGCCGCGAGCCCUUGUCCCACUUCUGUGAGGAGGAAGUGGUGCUGGCCGCACAGGACGUGCUCGAGAAACUCAACCGCCAGGUCAUCACCUAUCAAGACAUCCGCGACACGGCCGAGAACCUCAUCGGACUGCACAGCAUGUCCUACAAGAAGGCGCAGGACAUCGCCAAAGAGCUUGGCGAAAACAUUCGGAAGCUGACCAUCAUAGUGGGCGAGCUGGCCACGUCGCUGGAGAAGGUGUCGGACGUGCCACCCACCGACUGGAUGGCUGUCGGCGACACCAUCGUGUCUAAAACGGAAAAGCUCAACCUGGCUGAGAUCGCACCCUUUUGGACGUACAUCCCUAAAAUGAAAGACUUCCUAUCCAUAAAGCUGCUCGGUGCCGGAGGGUUCGGCGCCGUCUACAAAGCGGCUUACAGGCCGACGAACCUUAUCUGCACGAUCAAACUGGUGGCCUGUGACCGCUUCCAGAGGCACAAGCAGGCUUGCAUCGACAAGGUGGUCGCCUCGGUCAUCAGGAGUCCCUUCCUGGUCAAGUAUUACGCCUGCUUCUCCACUCGCGAGGCCUACGUGACCGUAAUGGAGUACAUAUGCGGGGCAGAUCUGAUGCGAGUGGUGGACAAAGCGGUGUAUUUGGCCACCGAGGAGUGCCGUAUUGUCAUGGCGCAGCUGGUCCUCGCGCUGGAGCACAUGCACCUCAGAGGCCUGCUGCACAGAGAUAUCAAGGUUUCCAACAUGCUGAUCAUUCCUGGCGGUAGAGUAAAGGUCAUCGACUUCGACACCAACAAGGUUUGCAUCGGCCACUUCUCCAAGCGUGUCUGUAAGGGCUACUUCUCGAAGACGGCGUUCGAGUUUCACGACGGCGAGUCGGCGGGCACCGUGCCGUACAUGGCGCCCGAGAUCCUCAAGCGGCGGCCGUACGGGCGCGCCUGCGACUGGUGGUCGGCCGGGGCCACCAUGUACAAGAUGAUGACGGGACGCGUGCCCUUCCGCGGUGAAACGAAGGAGGAGCUGAGCGACAAGAUCAUCAACCAGCCGCUUAGGUGGCCUAAGGUGGAAGAGCACCCACACUCAGCCACGCCCGAGGCCAAGGACAUGGUCUUCAAGAUGCUCAAGAAGAACCCCGCCGAGCGCUUGGGCUCAGCCACGUACGCCGAGAUCAAGGGCCACCCUUUCUUCAGCGGCUUCAACUGGAAGCGCCUGUCCAGCACCAAAGAGCUCUGCCACAUCCCCGCCAUCGGUGACUGCAUGACCCGCAAGAAGGAGGCUGGCAAGCCGGACCGACUAAGUAAGCACCGCUUCGGCUAG